AUGGGCGGUAUAUCGCUUCCACUGCAAGGCAACUCGCGCCAACUGCCUACUGAAAACCAUGCAAAUCGAUCAUACGUCCCUCCUGUUGGGGCGGAUCCUAUAAUCGUCACGCUGGCUAAGGGAGCGCAAACGGACCCGCAAUUGCUCAAUUUGACGAAUCGAGUGGCCAACGGUAGCCCUUCAAAAGACGAGCUUUCCCGCUUCCAGGCAGUAAUCGACCAGAUCACGGUGGAGACGAAGCACAAAGGAACACUGCAAGUCCCGUCAGAGGUGACAAGUGAAUUAAUGCCCAAGGUUUCCGAGGCUAAUGCUACUUCAAGCUACUGGAGCGCGGCCGAGGUGGACAAUUUUCCCAAGCUUCUGAGGCGUUAUGGUACGGAUUGGGAGGGAAUUGCACAGUACAUGACUACUAAGACGGCUACAAUGGUCGAGAACUUCUUCAACAAGCAAACCCACCGCGGGAACCGGAAGUGGCUGUCUAUUGUCUCGAAGGCUGACCUGCGGAUCCGGAAACAAAAGAAAGGAACCAAGCAACAGAUACCUGGUUCCUAG